AUGCCUUCUCUCACCAAGAUGAUCUUCGGGAACGGUCCCCUCGGUCCUUCCCUCGCCCCAUGGAUCAGACAAAGACCCGGACUCCAAAAGUACUGGGCUAGAUGGUCAAACUUCUACAAGAACGCUGCUGGUUAUAGACAAAAGGGUUAUCUUUAUGAUGAUUUGAUCGUAGAGGAAACCCCUCAAGUGCAAAAGGCCCUCCAACGACUCUCCCCUCAACAACGAUACGACCGAGUAUUCCGAAUGCGAAGAGGUAUCCAACAAUCGAUGGGUCACAAGAAACUCCCUAAGGAGCAAUGGACUACCCCAGAGCAAGACGUCCGAUACCUCACACCAUUGAUCGAACAGGUAGUUGCCGAGGAAGCUGAACGAGCCGAAUGGGAUUACAUGACCGUCGAGAAGAUCCAACAAAAACGAGCAGAGAAGAGAAACAUCUUCUCCAAGCGGGAAGGUACCCACUAA